AUCCAAACAAAUAAGCGAAGCAUUUAGCUAGGCUGUCUGCGCGCACACGAGAAGGCGCACCAUCAGCACCACCAACCUGUGCAAAACCAGGUUACGAAUUUUACUCACGCGCACCUCUUUCGCCUCAGCAGUGAUUUGAGAGCUAGAAUAAUGUUUUCUUGGACCAGGUAGCCUACUGGUACCAGUCUCUCUGAACGUUGGCUACAGGACAAAAGACUGACCUUCGGCUUUCCUACAUUCACAAAUUGUUUGGACGUGUUUUUGCUUUAAAAGGACACCUCCUCAAUCAAGACCAAUUAGAACAGAGCUGUGGCAGCAGCAAAGGGUAACCGGGCUGUAGACAGUAGCUGUAUGGACGAUGUCCUCUUUAAUGCAAAGACGAAACAUUAACAAUUUGUCCUGAAUGUGGCAUCGAGAGAAUCCUAAUUUUGUUAUUUUUGGUAGCCGUGGAUGCUGCGCCGAAGAAUGGGCUACUCCGACCCAACGUCGGGUAAAGAUAUACUCGGCAAUAGAUCUCUUUGUUUUAUAUUUAUUUGCGCUUUUGGACUGGUUACACUUUUACAACAGAUUCUGUAUGGCAAAAAUUACAUUAAAAGAGAGCCUGAGGCUGCUCUCUUCAACAUGGGGCCAUAUCAAAGCAGCGGACGGUACAGGUGCUAUUCACAUCUCAAAGGAGGCGUAGACGUGGCCGUCAUCUGCAAAACUGCGCAACAGUUUAGCCGCCUCAAAGGGGACGAGACAGGAAAUUGGACCGGUCCCAUUAAUUUCUCGGAUGACGGAUCUCAGAAGCCUGCCAGAAAUGGGAAGAAAAGAUGUUUCCGUCAGAAUUUUCAGCCAGAUUCACAGAUCUCCGUAAUAGUCACCCCCUGCCUAGCCGAUAUUAAGAAGAAAAAAAAACGAUCUCAAAGGUUCCUGGACUCCUACGAUGGACCCUACGAGUACAACUCGACAGCCUGCAAGGAGCUCAGGCAGGAGAUCAUGGACGUCAAAGUCCUGACCAUGGUGAAAACGUCCGACCUGUUUGAGAGGUGGAGGAACCUGCAGGUGUGCAAGUGGGAGCAGAACAAGAUGGAGACCAACAACUUCAAGAUGUCUCUGUCACGGUGCUGCAAUGCCCCCUCUUUCCUAUUCACCACCAAGAGGAACACGCCUGCAGGCACUAAGCUGCGGUACGAGGUAGACACCAGCGGAAUCCUGCCCAUCACCACUGAGGUCUUCAAGAUGUUCCCAGAUGACAUGCCGUACUCCAAAUCCCAGUUCAAGAAGUGUGCUGUCAUUGGAAACGGGGGCAUUAUCAAGAACAGCAAAUGUGGGAAGGAAAUCGACUCUGCAGAUUUUGUGUUUAGAUGCAACAUUCCACCCAUCUCUGAAAAGUACUCCGCUGAUGUCGGCACCAAAACAGAUUUGGUGACAAUUAACCCCAGUAUCAUCACUGAGAGGUUUCAGAAGCUGGAGAAAUGGCGGCGGCCAUUUUACGAGGUCCUCCAGAACUAUGAGAACUCCUCCGUGGUUCUGCCCGCUUUCUACAACACGCGCAACACCGAUGUGUCCUUCCGGGUCAAGUACAUGCUGGAUGACUUCGACUCUCAGCGCGGGGUGUUUUUCUUCCACCCUCAGUACCUGCUCAACGUGCAGCGCUUCUGGGCCGUCCAGGGGGUUCGCGCCAAGCGCCUCAGCAGUGGGCUGAUGCUGGUGACGGCAGCCAUGGAGCUGUGUGAGGAGGUCCACCUCUACGGGUUUUGGGCGUUUCCCAUGAACCCUUCGGGGAUCUUCAUCACCCACCAUUACUAUGACAACGUCAAGCCCCGCCCCGGGUUCCACGCCAUGCCCUAUGAGAUCUUCAACUUCCUGCACAUGCACACUCGUGGUAUUGUGCAGGUGCACACUGGACCAUGCAGGUGAUCGCUCACUUGAGGUGGGUUCACCUGCCACAGUGCAUUGUGGGAAGUUUUCUGUCAUUUUCAUUUUGGCUUUGUUAUCUUGUCCGUGUUUAUUUGAUGAACAGUUUCUCUUGACUUUUCGAAGAACACCAUCCUACUCCUUCUUGUGAAAGAUUGCCUGCUUUAGCUCCUGUCGUUUCUCUAUCCAAUGUUUUCUCCCCCUCAACUUGCUGGUGAAGUGAACACGUUGAGCCUCUGUUUUGUGGACUCUAUAAAUUGUAGGUUGCUUGUUUUGUUCACGUAACAUGGUCUUCGUAGUGAUGUCGUCGUUUCUGUGAUUGACUAGUGACUCAGUGAUCACUGCUGUACAGAGGUGUUGAUAUUAACGUUGCACAAAUACACCGGAGAAGGGCUUCCUGUCCUUGAUCACUUCCUGGGUGACCUCUAUAAUCCUCUCUCUCUUUCUGAGACACUGUGGGUGCGUCAACAUCUGAUGUUUGUGUAAUAAAGAGCAGACUAAACUGAUAAUGAGCCAAUCAAAAUGUUUGAACAAGGAUUUUACCUUCACAUUACCUGCAAACACUUUUAGUGGUUUUAUGGCUGUAUAUAUAUAUAUAUAUAUUUAAAAAAACAGUUCAAUCUCAGUAUGGCCUUUUUGGUAGGCCUAUCCUUUCUUCAUCCUGGAUAAAUGAUUCGACAUGUCCUCCUACAGUAUUUCUGAAGCAAAAUUAAGAGACUGGGAGGUGUUUAUAUGAAUUGAUGUUUGGGACAAAGGCCUGAAAACUGUUUUGUAACGACCACCUUAGCAUAGUAUAGGCUGACCACAACUGUAACCAUAGUCACCGACCAUAGGUGCACCGUUGUUUUGCCCCCCCAGUGCCCCGCUGACUGUCAUUCAUGUCUUAAACCAUGCUGCCUUAUGAGAAUCAAACCCCUCCCUCAGAUAUGCAAUCCAGCCCCUUUGUAUUGCUUAUCAUAUGGCUCUGACAGACAUCGUUCUUCUGUUGGAAUCUGGCGGGUCAUCCGGAGUUCCGGAAUCCUCUGUAAGAACAUCCUAUGAUGUCUGUCUGUCCAUCUGUCUUAGCUAACCAUUGACCUCUGAUGUCCUCUCCAAUGUUUUCUUCUUCUGUAAGAUAGAAUUCCCUUCUGAUAUUCUCGCUGUGACGCCGUGCAUGAUAACAAUCUGUUUGGUUUUGCUUCGUCUGUGCCUGCAGCAACGAUACGUUUACAGUUUAGAAGUGUUAGCCAAUGACAAACCUAAUGUCCAUCGAGCAACAUUCAAUUUUAGAAUUGAAUGAACAAUUAAUGGGCUCACUUUUUACAUUUUCCCUCGCCCCAUGCAUCCCUUUAUUAAAUGACACAUUUUUUGUUGUUGCGUCAUGUAACCUCCCUUUUAAAUUGUAAAUGUUCAAUUACCAAUUACAAACCAUUGUUGCAUUUCAGCCUGUGAAUGCUUAAUGGUUGUUAAACUGUUAUGUGGUGUUGGUAGUGAAGGUAGUUCAUGAUGAUCACUAAACCACUGGCGAUAUACUGUACUGGCAGCCAUAUUGCUCCUCUUAUUCACACUUUUAACAUUUGAUUUGACUUCUCCCCAUUUGUACAUGUUGUUUGAUUUUUCCUCUACAGGUUAAUUCACAUGGACUGUUUAAAGUGUGCACAAAGCAAUGCACAGAACGCCUGCUUCAUUCACCAGUGCACCUAUAAAAUUUACAGUUUCAAAAUGUGAGUCAUGACAUGCAUUAUUUUAUAGAUCACUGAAUUAUAUCUGUGUGGGCCAGGAAAGGAGAACUGGACAAUGAUUGGGUGGGAUUGCUUGAGGAUAUGAACAGUGUUUUGAAAACCUACAUUCUUUAUAUUGUGUUUGUAAAUAAACCUAUUUGGAU